AUGCAUCUCCACCCUCACCGCUUUACUCCCAAGGCCGUCCUCUCGCUACAUUACCCACUGCUCUCUAAUUCCUUUACUAUCUCCCUUUACCUCUUCCCAACGCUUUCCGUUCUCCGUCGAUGUGCAAUACCGUCGUUCCACUACAUUGGGGACACACACACACACACACGCAUACACACAUACACACAUACAAUGCCUUUCUAUUUUCGACGCCCCAGUACGUCGCUCACCCUGACGCCUUUCUCUCUCUCUCAUCGCAGCGCCACUACUCGUCGUUUUUUUUUCUCUCCACGCCAAAAGAUGAACGCCGCUACCUUCACCACGAAUCCCCACCGCAUCGCUCGCCUACAGCAGAACUACGAUGAGGGAGCGCAACGUGAGAAGAUUCCGGCGGAGCAACGAGAGCAGAUGGAUAGGCAGCUGCUCAGCUUGAGCCCCGAGUGCCUGUCGCAGCUCUUCGCAAAGGUGGCAGCGCUGCAAAAGACAAAAAAGGGUAAGUCGUCGGUGGCGUAG